CAAUAAUUAAGGAGGACUGGUCGGCCCGUCGGGUUUCACUGCGUGGCUGGUGGCGGAGCAGAAGCCUGCUUUGCAGAUAAAUGAUUGGCUGGCUACCUUACAUUCAACCGCAAGCCACGGCUUGGGCCCAGCAACGACACCAGAACCACCAACCUGCCACUGGCAUUUCUACACCGCGGCAUCUACGAAUCGACGCAUUAGGCCUCUUCCGAAAAGAAACUACGUCCUCAUCUCAAAACUGCCCGGGACUGUCCGAGAUCGAAGGCGUCCCCCCAACUCAGUCUACCUAGGUACUUUGCGAUGGACGGGCAGCGGCCGAUGGAAGAACUGAGCGAGGCUCGGAACCUUGAGAAAGUUCUGAGUUUUCGCGAUGCUCGAGAAGGGGAUAGAGAUUUUGCUGUUGAGGAGAUCAUAGAUCAGACUCGAACCACCAUAACCACAGUGCUAAGGACUCCUAGGGUCGACGACGACGUCGAUCAGCGAAAACUCUGCGGCCGCGAAGACUGGGAAGAAUUUUUCGCGGACAUAUUGCCAUCGGUCGAGAACGAGUAUCCAAAACCUGAUCGUAUCUCCAAAGGGAACCCAAGUCCAACCUCGAGACUCUUUUUAAUAAUAGCGCGGCCUGAAAAAACAGAAAAUCGGGUGCUGAGACCUACAGAUACUCUCGUUGAGGGUCGUUGCAGUGGCGUGGAUAUCAACGAUGAACGCCUUGGCUCAUGGUUUCUUAGCCGCGGUCGUAGGGUCACUACCGUCGCAGCAUCCUUCUUCAGGAGAGGGGAGGACAUACUUCCUAACGAGAAAGCUGAAGCCCGGCCAGCGAGCGACUUCAAAGUAUCGGUUUCCAAAACUCCUCGUGGUGAUCAUCGGAAAAGGCUACGAAACAUGCCGUUCACAGCCGAUACCUUUCGGCUCCUUUCCAGAAGGAUGUCUAUUCACAGUUGGAUUGGUCGGCUUAUAAGUCGAGCCAAUGUACCGGCUUUUGAACGCACGUUGACCGAGAUGCCACUGUACACAAGUACUGGCGAAAGCAUGGUUCGUCAGAAGGCAAUAAUUUACAAUUGCCGGACAUCUAACGAAUGGAAAGACGAUAUGGCCCUAGCUGUCACACACUUUCCCAAACAAAGAUUGACUUUCGCCCUACUAUUCGGUGCCUCAGAGGACCAGGAGAGGAGCGUGCUGGCAAGACUUGGGAGAGCCGGCCCUGAUACGGCCCAUCCCAUGCUUCUCCCGGGAAUCCUGGUAGAGCUAGAACGCAAGAGGCAAAUGGACAUUGCCGACGAGAUGAUUGACGAAUUAGAGAUGCAAAUAUUCCAGCUCGACAACGAGACCAUCACGAGCUGGAAGCAAAGCGUGCAGACCACGGCCGAACGGAACAAGCAGAAGACUAAAGCCUGGCUUGACGCGGCCUUCUCGAGGAACAUCCUUCUGGCUACCAAGACUGUUCUAUUCAGCAUGUGUCGGCAUCUGGACGAGUACUCGAUGUUGGUGAAUCCCAGGGUGCGGAGAGAGCACGAUUUUCAUCACCAGGACCGUGACCACUUCGCCCAAGGGGGAUUACGACCGGGCACACCACUCUCCGUUACUAGCAGCCACUGGCAAGUUCACAGUCAAAUAUCCUUCUCGGAGUACUCGGGCUCGGAACCCCUCGAGGCCUCAAAUCCUGACAGCACAUGCGACCCAGAUGCCAGAUACCAGGAACUCCUGCAACAAGCUGGAAUGAGAAUGGAGGAUAGGCUUGUUUCUAUCAUCGGUGAGUAUGAAGACAAGAUCAGGGCUUGCACCAUGGAAAUCGAUGGAAUGGCGAUGGCUACACAAUGGUCUCACGGAGAAACCAACAUGGAAAUUGCCACGGCAAGUGGCGAGGACUCGCGGCAGAUGCGGUCCAUCGCACUGGUCACCAUGGUAUUCCUCCCAGGGACCUUCUUCGCUAGCAUGUUCUCCAUGACCUUUUUCAACUGGAACGCUGGUUCCGACGGCGGCGGCGGCGGCGGUAACAAUUCCAGCCCUACUGUCUCCUCAGAGAUAUGGAUCUAUUUCCUGAUCACUGCCGUCUCCACCCUCAUCACUCUUUUGCUUUUCUGGUAUUUCAUUCUGUCUCGUCAGCGUAAUAGGAGGAAGCUACAACGGGAUCUGAGCUCGGUUUGAUGAAGCCAUACUGCAUCGCUUUUCCAGGGGCGAGAGCUCCAGUCUACGAAACACGGGCAUAUUCCCUUUGAGGUCAAUAGCCCUAAUUCACACCCCAAUCCAGCUGACUGGGGUUGUUUGUCGAACGGGAUCACAUUGACUUAUAUGGGCAGACUGGUUGAUGGCUGAGGGCUCCUCAACGUUCAACCGUCCGUUAUCUCACUUGAUCCACCACUCAACACUUAUAACCCUCGCAGCCAGUCAUCAAUAGCAACAUGAACGCGUCAUGAGACAGCCGCACGCCUGCUGAAUUGGCAUACGUCUGAGUAUGGUACCGGAUUUCGCACCACUUAAGCCAAGGCGGCAGGGGGAA